AUGGCAGAAGCAUUAGCAACAGCUAUCACGGAUAAUUUCUUGACAUGUAGCAUCUGUCUGGGAGAGUAUGAGGACCCCCGUUUGCUGUCUUGCUGCCAUACAUUUUGCUAUGGUUGUAUAUGUGACUAUGCUUCGCAAACUCGGGGCAGGAUAUUUCAAUGCCCCCUCUGUAGAGAAGUGAUAAAUAAGGAUGGACUUGUAAAAUUAAAAAAAGAUUUCCGAGUUCACAAAACGAAAGAGCUUCUGAGUCAGAGACCACAGCAUGAAGCAUCAUCUCCAAGUAAAGAAACUGAUGUGCAUGGUGUGACACAGGCCAUUGCACAGACGGACAUCGGUAGUGAAGUAAGUUAUUACUGUGAGGAUGACGAUGACAAUGGAUAUGGUGAUCGUGGAGCAUCAAAUCAUGGUAAUUCAUUAGCUGAAAUUGUUACACAAAGCAACAGACAAAAAAUCAGAGCUGUCCUUGUACAAACCGAGAAAAUAAUGAACAGUUUUCAAAAGGCAAUCGCCAAGGUGACAGACAAUAAAACAGAGGACUGUCAGAUAAGGACAUCAAUCAUCACUGAGAUUGAACAACAAUACAAGCGUAUUAUUCGACUAAUUAAAAAGAGAAAAAUGGUUUUGAUGUCGGAAGUAAAUUCUGCCUAUGAUGACAAAAUACAGCGGCAGGAGGCAAAGAAGGACAUUCUUGAACACGACCAUGCCUCCUUGCACAGUGUCUGCAAAUUUUCCCAGGAACUUUUGACUAAUGGCACUGACUCUGAUAUCAUGGCUCACUUUGAAUCCCUCAUAGAAGUAUUGGGAAAAAUAACUUUCCCAACUCCAGAGACACCUGUUGAGAUAUCCUACAGCCCUGGUAAGAUAUCUGCAGCUGGACUGGAAGCCAUGUUAGGAAAUGUGACGGUACAAUCACAACGCCCAGUAACUGAACAGGCAACAUCGGUCACAGUAGUUGGGUCACAGUACCCGCCAGUAACUGAACAGGCAACAGCGGUCAAAGUAGUUGGGUCACAGUACCCGCCAGUAACUGAACAGGCAACAUCGGUCACAGUAGUUGGGUCACAGUACCCGCCAGUAACUGAACAGGCAACAGCAGUCACAGUAGUUGGGUCACAGUACCCGCCAGUAACUGAACAGGCAACAGCGGUCUCUGUAGCUCAGUCACAAUACCCAUCUUUUAGGAGGACAACGUCUUCUGUAUAUCCAAUUCUUCCCACUUUCUUAGGGACGGCAGGAUGUGUGCAUUCUUUUAGUCCUAAACUGAAACAUGACAGCGUAAUCAAAAUAAGUGGAUUAGCCAUAGAUGAGGAACAAGUGUUUGUCGUGGAUAAUGGAAUUGGCAGAACAAGAAUAUUUUCACAUACAGGGGAAUUCAAGUUCGAGAUAAAACUAAAAAACCCAGAAGAUGUAGCACUGUCACAGACUGGUGGGCUCUACAUUACAUCACAGGGUUACAAAUGUGUCAAAGUGUACUCCACCAGAGGCUACAUCACAGUGAACAGUGUGAAUGAUAACAUUGUGAUAUCAGACUUUGGAAAUGACUGUGUACAUGUGCUGUCACCUACUGGUGAUCAUCUGUAUCAGUAUGGUACACAAGGAAGUGGUGAUGGUCAGCUGAAUGGACCAUGUGGGGUAUGCACAGACAGCUUUGGUUACAUCUUCAUUGCUGACACGUGGAACCACAGGAUAGUGGCAUUGAAUCCACAAGGGCAGUUUAUCAGAUACAUUGCCACUAAGAAGGAUGGGUUGUGGUGCCCCACAGCAUUAGCCAUCAACCCUGCUGCCCAGCUAGUGGUGGCAGAGAAAUGGGGUAAAGUUAAGACAUUCCAGUACCUACAAUAA